AUUAAAGCACAAGACUCAUCUCAAAGUAGCAAUGACUUUCUAUGUUAAGAUGAACAUUACAAUAUGGAAUAACUUUAUUACAUAAGGACGCGAAACGCAAACAUUCUAACGGCGCAGAAACUUGAGACAGUGUUUAAAUAUGAAUAUUUCACGAGAUAUAGAAUAUUUCACCAAUCCCUACUUAGAGUCUACUUCCCUGGAUUAUUUAUCUCCGGAUUAUAAUUCUACAGACGUGGUAAACUUCACGUACUAUGAAGAAAUAAAUCAGUUCAUCCUGCCAAUAUGGAGACAAGUCCUUUGGAGCAUCCUUUAUGCUGGCAUGGUAAUUGUGGCAACGGGAGGAAAUCUAAUCGUUAUAUGGAUAAUAUUGGCACAUAAAAGAAUGAGAACAGUUACCAACUAUUUUCUGUUGAAUUUGUCUGUAGCAGAUAUAAUGGUGUCGAUUUUCAACGUUAUAUUCAAUUUUGUCUACAUGUUAAAUUCACAUUGGCCUUUCGGCGAACUAUAUUGCAAGAUAACUCAGUUUACAGCCGUUUUAUCCAUAUGUGCAUCUAUAUUCUCUCUCAUGUCCAUAUCCAUUGAUCGGUACAUGGCGAUAAUGACUCCUUUAAAGCCGCGUAUGGGUAAAACGCUCACGCUACUGCUAGCGUUACUAACUUGGAUUUUAGGUAUAUUAAUAGGAAUUCCAUCACUAAUUUUCUUCCGAACGGAGACCGAUGGAGGCGAGAGGAUUAUAUGUUAUAUGAAAUGGCCAGACGUAGAAACUGGUAAAAUCAACGAAUCCAUGCAGGAAUACAUCUUCAACGUGGCGUUCUUGGUAAUAACGUACUUGGUGCCAAUAUUGUCGAUGAUGUACACGUACGCUAGGAUAGGAAUAGAGCUGUGGGGUUCGCAGAGCAUUGGGGAAUGCACUCAACGGCAAAUGGAAAACAUCAAGAGUAAACGGAGGAUCGUAAAAAUGAUGAUUGUCGUAGUUAUAAUAUUCUCAGUAUGUUGGCUUCCAUAUCAGUUAUAUUUCAUCGUGACAUACUAUUUUCCUUCGAUAACACACGCUGACUACAUUCAAGAAACCUAUUUAGCAAUUUACUGGUUGGCCAUGAGUAAUUCUAUGUACAAUCCCAUUAUAUACUGCUGGAUGAAUGCCAGAUUUCGACGAGGUUUCAAACAGAUUUUCGUUUGUUUACCGUUCGUUCAAAUGAGCCCUGUAGGACUAACCAGAAGAGAAGUUAUGACCAGUAAACGUAAAUCUUACUCUGGGUCUUCUGAUCAAAAUCGGAUUAUUAAGAAUGGAACUAUAAGCAGCUUCAUGUAUGACAACGGAACUCCACCUGGAACGAGUUCUACAAGAAUUACUAGCCAGACAUUCCUGAAUAAGAUAUUCUAAUCACUGAAAGGA